AUGGCGAAGACGCUGACCCUGAGGCGCCACAAGGUUCUGUCUUCUGGAAGGCUGACAGGAACAACUAAAAUAACAUGCAAUAAAAAACAGGUAGCUCUAAGAAAAACAACCCAUUCUGAUGUAGAAUCUGGCUACUCUCUCUAUUCCACAGAAUCUGAGGAUCAGGUUGCAACUAUUCAUAAUGGCCUUGAUCGCUGUGCAGCAUUGCUCAAGGACAUCUUACAAAAUGAGUCUGAACGAAUGGAAACGGGGCAUCAAAAGCCAGGGAAAGCAAGCGGUGUCAAAGCGACUUCCAGACCCUUACUCAGUAAAGUCAAUGGUUCAAAGAAAAACGGUCCAAAGAAAACUACUCUUUCUACGUAUGUGCAUAAAGAAAUUGUGCCUGUAUCAAAUAGGAAACCAGCCUCAGUUAGCAAAACUGACGAUGAAAAAGACAGAACCCCUGUAGGCACUGAACAACCCCAUGUCCAGACAAUUCCAGUACCUUUCACUCAACAUUCUCCUGUAAUCCACCAGAAGUUGUGUGAGCAUGUACAAACUCAAAUGUCUCUGCUAAAUAUCCAACCUCCACAAAAGUCCAUUGUUAUUCCAGAAGUACCACUUCACACCAUUCCUGAAAAUGGAUGUCAGCCUGUUGCAGCAUUCAACUGCCGUUUACCUACUUCCACGCCAGCUCUGUCCCCACAGCAUACACCUAAUCCAUCAGUUGUGCAGUCUGGUGUUUCCACGGACAACUGCAGCCAGUGUGCACUGCAAAUGGGAUUUUCACCAGCAGGUUUUGGCGCUUCCACUUCUGAUGCCCAAGUUCAGCCUGCUCCUACAUGUUCUGCUCUGCCCCAUGUACUUCAGACUGCUCCAAACAACCCCACAAGAUCCACAGUCCUUGCAGUGCCUGGUAGCAGAGAGGCUGUGUCAGACCAAGGAAUCCAAGACCGACAGCUACAAGAGGCAGACUUAAUAAGAUGCAUUCAGGCACACCUGGCUCUGUUGCAGGCACGGGAAAAAGAAAACGAGUGUGGGAAGGCUAAUGAAAAGUGCCAGGCUGUUGACCCGAUACAAGCCCAAUCCUCAAAUUCCCAAGAAGAAACUGUUGAGGGACAUCGUGAGGAUACUCUGAGUGAAGAGGAGGACAUGGAUGGAGUUGACUUGGCACCGGUGAAAGAUACGAGUUGUCAGACUAGCUUUGACCCAGCAGCUUUAAAGCCUCAACAAAAAACCUUGCAAGAAACAGCCCAAAAAAUGAAAACGGUGAAAUAUUUUUUGAGAGAGCUGAAGGCCCUGCUCACAGACCACGACGAUUCAGAAAUCUUGAGGCUGCUAGGUGAAGUGGAAGACUGUAUAUCUCUCUUGCCUGCAGCUGUUGACAGUUCAAAUGUGCAAGCUGAAAUAGCACUUGCUCUUCAGCCUCUCAGAAGUGAAAAUGCCCAGUUGCGCAGGCGACUAAGGAUUUUGAACCAGCAGCUCAAAGAACAAAAGAGAGCAGGAAAAGAAUGCAGUCUGGAUAGCAACAUUGAGUUCAUCUCCCUUCGGUCCUUGAACAGGACACUUCAGAAUCAAUUGAACGAAUCUGUGAAAAGCAUUGAGUCACUGCAAAAUAAAAAUGAAGAACUAAUUAAAAUCCUAGAAAGCCAAAGACAAGAAGAAAAAAUAUUGACCAGAAUAAUCCAUGAGCGAGAACAAGAACUGCUUGAAAAGAAACAGCAGUAUGAUAUUGAAUCAACAAAGCUCAAAAUGGAAGCAGACGAGAUGCUGGCCAACAUGAAGAGUUUCCAAUAUAAGGCAGAAGCAGCCGAGAAAGAGACCCAGAUCUUGGGUAUUACGUUGCGUCAGCGAGAUGCAGAAGUGAACAGACUGCGUGAACUGACAAGGGCUCUGCAGGGCAGUAUGUCCAAACUUCUGUCAGACCUCACGAUGGACACUAAACCAAAGCCAGGAAAGAGCCUGUCAAAAGCUCUCCUGGAAAUUCAUGAAAAACAGCUGCAGCCUGACAUGUAUCCUCUUAGUGCUUCCAUAAUAAGCUACCUCAAAAAUGUAGAGACUAAUCCUGUACAGGUAAACACAGAGCCCCUCUCAAAGGGGGAGAUGAAUGAGGCAGAUCAGAAGAAUGACCGGGCAGCUGAACACUCUCCUCAGAAGUCUCCUGUGGCACAAGCAGUACUGGCUCCAACAAACACGUUCACCUUUCUAAAGCCUGACUCUGAAGCAGCCAGUGACUUGAGCACUUUAGUAGGAGGAGACAAGCCAGAUGAAACUAUUUACAUUCCCUUGACUAGCAGUCCAUCAAGGAGAUCGGCAGCUGGAAGAUGCAGCAGGUCUGUGCAAGAUCCCAAAAACAUUGACCCUGACUUUGGAUUGGCUGAUUCUAAACAGCCAAGCAGGUUUGGGAUGUUGGGUGAGGCAAAAGGUUUCGAUAAAUUCAGUGGUAUCUGCACUCUAAAAAAGACUGUGGAAAAUAAAUCUGAAAGUAUGGAGAGAACAGCCGAGCUGGAAGGCAGGAGGCCUCAAAUGCAGCCAAAAGAAAUAACAAAUGGAGCUGCUAAAGAGAUUUUGGACAAUCCAGACAGACUUCAGCCUGAUAAAUUCUUUUAUACUCCCAUUUCACAUUGCAAAGGAAAUGUGCAGAAAAAAGGCACUGGAAUUUCUGCUCCGGACUCAAGUUUUUCAACCUUUGAUUGCUUGUCAAAAAAAUCAGAAUGGACUAUAUCGUCCUUUUCAACGUUCACUUCUCAGGAUGAAGAGGACUUUAAAAAUGGUCUUGCAGCCUUGGAUGCUAACAUAGCAAGACUUCAAGAGACAUUGCAGAACAAUUUGACCAAAUGA